AUGAAGAAGUGGCUAGGGAUGGUGAUCAAGAUCAAACCAAUGAUCAGGGAUGGAAAAUCACAGCGGAAAGAGGGGGUUUCAGCAGACAAAAGCAGCAGAUCGCUAGAUGGGGUGCAGCAACAGAAGCGAGUGACCGCCGAUUCUGCCGCGUUGCGUUCCGGCGAGGGCAAAGCUCACCGCCCGAAGAAAAAAAAUCAAGUCACGUGA